UAGCUAGGGUUAAGUGGCGCACAGCACUGCCAAUUCUAUCCUUAGGGGCCAGACAGUAAGCAGCCAUCUAUAUAGUCCCGGGGGAGGGGAGCAGUGAUACUAUGAAAUAUCACUUAACUCCUUACACUCCAUGGGACGGGCGCUUUGGGUAUAAUGACCUGAACUGACAGCUGGGUCAUGAGACUUGUGGUCAGUUCGGGACAUGUGACCAUAAUAUAGAGGAUCUGCCCCGACAAGUAUUCACCUCAUCAUCCGAGAGCAAGAAGAUAAAUCAUGUGCAGGAAUAUCCCCUCAAAUGUCUCCAUAUAACAUCCUGGAAUUGUAUAGAAUUAAAUGUUUAUUCACAAUACAGGUUCCUAUAAGGUGUCAGGACGUGGCGGUCUAUUUCUCCAUGGAGGAGUGGGAGUAUGUAGAAGGACACAAGGAUCAGUACAAGGAUCAGGUCAUGAUGGAGGAUCAGCAGCCCCUCACAUCACCAGUCAGAUCCUGUAAGAGAACAGCACCAGAGAGGUGUCCCUGUCCUCUUGAUGAACAGAAUAUGAAGGACAUUACUACAGGGAAAGAUCUCAUCUAUAUUAAUGCUACAGACAUAAAGGAAGAAGAGACAGAUGUGAGCGGUGAUGAGCAGUAUAAGGAGGACAUUCCUACAGGGAAAGAUCUCUUUUAUAUUAAUGCUACAGACAUAAAGGAAGUAGAAGAAGAGACAGAUGUGAGCGGUGAUGACCAGUAUAAGGAAGUCAUUUCUACAGGAAAAGAUCUGAUCUAUAUUAAUACUACAGACAUAAAGGAAGAACAAGAGACAGAUGUGAGCGGUGAUGAGCAGUAUAAGGAGAACAUUCCUACUGAGAAAGAUCUGAUCUAUAUUAAUGGUACAGACAUAAAGGAAGAAGAACAAGAGACAGAUGUACGUAGUGAUGAGCAGUAUAAGGAGGACAUUCCUACAGGGAAAGAUGUGAUCUAUAAUAAUGCUACAUACAUAAAAGAAGAAGAAGAAGAGACAGAUGUGAGCGGUAAUGAGCAGUAUAAGGUGGACAUUCCUACAGGGAAAGAUCUGAUCAAUAAUAAUGCUACAGACAUAAAGGAAGAAGAGACAGAUGUGAGCAUUGAUGAGCAGUAUAAGGAGGACAUUUCUACAGAAAAAGAUCUGAUCUAUAAUAAUGCUCCAGACAUAAUAGUAAAAGCAGAAGAGACAGAUGUGAGCGGUGAUGAGCAGUUUAAGGACAUUUCUACAGGUAACCACCCAGAUUCUUGUAGCAGGAGAUCAGAGGAGAAUCUUAUAUCUUCAGAUUAUAAAGCAGAUGAUGAUAUCACACAAGAUACAUAUGAAGAACAUUCCAUUAUCCCAGAUACACCCUCAGCCCUUCACAGCCAAGAUCUGUCAUCUCAUCCUUAUAUACAGGUCCUGUCUUCUCACUCAUCACAGGAUGUUCAGCAAAAUAAAAGUCACAGAAGGGGUGUUGGACAUCAGAAAGAUUGUGCAAAGGAAAGGCCAUAUUCAUGUUCAGAAUGUGGAAAGUGUUUUACCAAGAAAUCAAAUCUUGUGAGACAUAAGAGAAGCUACAAAGGAGAGAAGCCGUUUUCAUGUCCACAAUGUGAGAAAUGUUUUACUGGGAAACAAGGUCUUGUUCGCCAUCAAAGAACUCACACAGGAGAGAAGCCAUUUCCAUGUUCAGAAUGUGGGAAAUGUUUUACUCAGAAAUCAUACCUUGUUGUACAUCAAAGAACUCACACAGGAGAGAAGCCAUUUUCAUGUUCAGAAUGUGGGAAAUGUUUUACUUAUAAAUUAGACCUUGUUGUACAUCAAAGAAAUCACACAGGAGAGAAGCCAUUUUCAUGUUCAGAAUGUGGAAAAUGUUUUGCUUUUAAAUCAUGUCUUGUUGUACAUGAAAGAACUCACACAGGAGAGAAGCCAUUUUCAUGUUCAGAAUGUGGGAAAUGUUUUAAUUAUAAAUCAGGUCUUGUUGUACAUCAAAGAACUCACACAGGAGAGAAGCCAUUUUCAUGUUCAGAGUGUGGGAAAUGUUUUGCUCAGAAAUCAGAUCUUGUUAAACAUCAAAGAACUCACACAGGGGAGAAGCCAUUUCCAUGUUCAGAAUGUGUGAAAUGUUUUACUCAGAAAUCAGACCUUGUUUUACAUCAAAGAACUCACACAGGAGAGAAGCCAUUUUCAUGUUCAGAAUGUGGGAAAUGUUUUGCUCAGAAAUCAGAUCUUAUUAAACAUCAAAGAAUUCACACAGGGGAGAAGCCAUUUCCAUGUUCAGAAUGUGUGAAAUGUUUUACUCAGAAAUCAGACCUUGUUUUACAUCAAAGAACUCACACAGGAGAAAAGCCAUUUUCAUGUUCAGAAUGUGGGAAAUGUUUUGCUCAGAAAUCAGACCUUGUUGUACAUAGAAAAACUCACUCAGGAGAGAAGCCAUUUUCUUGCGCAGAAUGUGGGAAAUGUUUUGCUCAGAAAUCAAUUCUUGUUAACCAUCAAAUAACUCACACAGGGGAUAAGCCAUUUUUAUGUUCAGAAUGUGGCAAAUGUUUUACUCGCAAAUCAGACCUUGUUGUACAUCGAAAAACUCACACAGGAGAGAAGCCAUUUUCAUGUUCUAACACAGGGGAGAACAUGAAGCAGAAAAGCACUGCCAGCAUUCAAAAGAAUGAUGGACAUCAAAGAGAUCAUACAGGAAAGAAACCAUAUUCAUGCUCAGAAUGUGGGAAAUGUUUUAGUUUUAAAUCAGGUCUUGUUACACAUCAAAGAACUCACACAGGAGAGAAGCCAUUUUCAUGUUCAGAAUGUGGGAAAUGUUUUAAUCAGAAAUCAAUUCUUGUUGUACAUAAAAGAACUCACACAGGAGAGAAGCCCUUUUCAUGUUCAGAAUGUGGGAAAUGUUUUACUUUUCAAUCAAGUCUUGUUAAACAUCAAAGAACUCAUACAGGAGAGAAGCCAUUUUCAUGUUUAGAAUGUGGAAAAUGUUUUGCUCAGAAAUCAGAUCUUGUUAAACAUCAAAGAACUCACACAGGGAAGAAGCCAUUUUCAUGUUCAAAAUGUGGGAAAUGUUUUACUCAGAAACCACAUCUUGUUGUACAUCAAAUAACUCACACAGGAGAGAAGCCAUUUUCAUGUUCAAAAUGUGGGAAAUGUUUUACACAGAAGUCAAGUCUUCAUCAGCAUCAAAAAAGAACUCACACAGGGGAGAAGUCAAUUCAGAGGAAUAAUUGAUGCAGAUAACACAUCUAUAUAUUCACCAUGUACAUAGGAUAGUUGACAGUAAUAUAUAUAUAUAUCAUUUCCAAACUUGUUACCAAUUUUUAAGAAGUUCUCUAUAUUAUAUGAUUUAUUAUUCUUAUAUCCAUCUCCGCACACUGGACUUAUAAUAAAUGUAAUAUUGUCCCUGACGUUGUAUAUAGGGAAUGUAACGCGUCAGUGUUGUCCCCGCCCCCUUCUCAUUAUGAUUAUAGAGACUUUAAUUCAAGGCAUCAGACAGGAUCCGCGCGUCUCCCUUGAAGAUCGUCUCUUCUGAACAUAAGACGCUGCAGAUACUUUUAUUUAUCACAAACCCUAGA